UAGCCACGGGUUUCGGAAAGUGAAUGAACAUGAAAAGUAUUUUGCUGGAAUCGGUGGCAAAAUGUGUGUUUUUAGAUGUAUUUUGAUUUUCAUGUUCCUAAUUUGGAACGGGUGUUUGGCGGAUAAGACGCAUUUCUCAAAAUGGAUAAAAACUGACUCUGAUUAUUCUGCGAAAACAUUCAUUUUUGAAACAAUUCUAAGCCAGGGGAUUGGUCACUGUGUAGAAAGUUGCAAGGCAAAGAAAAUGUGUGAAUACAUCAACUUUAAUGUUGAUGCUGAUGCAUGCUUUCUUAUUGGUGUAAGGAAUAGUCAAGAAUCUUCCGAGUCGAGUCCUGAUGACAGAAUAGAGAAGAAAAAAGGUUACAUACUUGGAAAGAAGAAGGACUGGAAUUUGGAAACGUACAAGGUCUGUAGUGAGUGUGAACCUCACGGCGUGUGCAGAAAAAACGACCAGCCAGCAGAUAAAUACAGUAUUUGCAAGAGCUCAGGAUGUGGUCCACCGGAAAAUAAACAGUUUACAUUGGUUCGUGGAAAUAUGUUUUCUAUUGGUAACAAAAUCAAGUACUAUUGUCUAGACGGGUACACUGAUGUGUCUGGUGGCACUGGUAUAGCGGAAUGCCAAGAGACUGGUGCUUGGAGUUCCACAGACAUUAAAUGUGUACCAGACGGAGCGGCUACAACAUGCAAUGGAAAUUCAUGCUAUUUACAGGACGAAACUCUACGAAAAUGGCAAGAUGGGAAGAUUUACUGUGAAAAUCUUGGAGGACAUCUGGCUUACAUAAAAACAGAACCUGAACAUGAUUUCGUCAAAAAAAAUAUGUCUUCUACAGACACAGUCAGCACGUGGCUUGGAGCAAAUGAUGGAGACAAAGACGGAACUUACAUCUGGACAGAUGGGACACCUGUUGAUAAGCCCUCUUUUUGGGGAAAUGGAGAGCCAAAUUUUAUUAAAAAUGAAAACUGCUUGGUAUACCACAACCUUGAGUUGCACAAUGCGCAGUGCUCUAAGAAGUUUACUAUCCUCUGUGAAUUUAAAAUUCACAGAGGAUAGUAUAGUUCUUAGAGCACUGAUAUAUAUACUGAUACGAAUUCCUACUGUUACAAAAUUUAGGAAACACUCUGAUAAUUAUACUUGUCCUGAAGUUUAAACAUGAGUGUGUCUUAAAGCCAGUAUUAUACUUCUUUGUUCUGCUUCCGUUAUACUAUAUAUAUAAAUGUUUGCUGUGAAUAUUUGACAGAAGACUUAAUGAAGUUUAACAUUUUAACAUAUUCUGAAAAAGCGCCGAGUAUAUCAAAGUUUCUUACCGACUUAGUACAUAAACAUUUACAACACCUCUCGUCAAAUCCUAUUUUUCGGUUCUUACAAUCUGCCAGACAUUCACAACAUACUCCUAUUGUUUAUCUGCACAUAUGUACGUGCACGCGUUAAGACGUUCAGGUGAUGACCUACAGAAAGAAUGAGCUUCAACCAAAUUAUUCCACCUAUGAGUCAUUUCUCAUGAAAUAGUUAUAAAAGCAACUCGUUCAGCUUGAAAAUACUGUGUAAAUACUGAAAUUAUUUUUUCAUUCAUUUAGAAAAUAAAUCUGAAUAUCGGCUGACGUAAAAGGUAUUGUUGUUGUUGUCGCUACUUCUAAAUAUAAGCAAAUGUCGUUUUGCAGCAAAUUCAGUAUAUAAUGAUGACUUUAGACACACGUUUAAAUUUUGGCUCACCAAGUGUCUGGCAUUAUGGUGUCCGGAGGCAUUAAAAUAAAGUGCAGAUCUGUUACUAUACGAGUAGCAUGUAACUUUUAUAAUAAACACACAUUAUUGAAUUUCAAAAUAUGAAGUUUAACGCUUUAAUUUAUAUGUUAACACUUUUA